GAAUGGAAAAAACAAUGUGAAUCUAUUGAUAGAUAAUAUGAAAAAUAUGGCUAAGUCCAAAAGUUGAUUUAAUACUAAACUAAUACUUAUAAUAAUAAUAAAGUGUUUUUUUAAAUAAUUAGUAUACUUAUAAAUAAAAAUGACUCACGUAGAGAAACGGCCAUCUCGACCAGGAAAAGAGACGAUACAUUCUGGGCACUUCAUGGUGUCGCAUUUUGAAGCUGAGGCUCAAGAUGAAUUUGAUGACUUGGCUGUUCCUGUUCCUGAAGAGGAGCAAAACGUGCAAAAAGUUUCUGGAAUCACUACAUACACAGUGGCCCGGUCGAGAGAAGUAUUUCCGCCUUCAGACAAACAUGAAAAUAAACAACAUCAACAAGUUUCAAUAGAAAUAUCUCUUACAAAAUUAUUUAAAUGCAUGACUUUGGCCUACAGACAAAAACUAACAUCACCAAAAUGGAAUCGUUUCAAAGGUAUAAAACUUCGGUGGAAGGACAAGAUCAGACUAAACAAUGUUAUAUGGAGAUGCUGGCACAUGCAAUUCAUAAAGAAACAAAAUACAUUAGUUUGCCAGUUCGCUUCCCCGUUGGAUGUCGAUACGCACGUAAAACCAGAGACAACAAUAUUAGAAGGUAAAUAUUGGAAAAGAAGAGCCGAAGCAGUAAUAGCAGAAUAUAAAAAAUGGCGUAUGUUUCAUAUUAUGCGUCUUUUUGGCAAGGGGGACUCGACUGUCCACGAUUCGAUAUCGGAAAUGGACACAGUGGAGUCAUUCUCACAAUGCAGCGACUUCGCAGGCAAUAUGCUUACAGACGAGGACUAUCUCAACUUCAUGAGUGACACAUUGUUUUCCACCAUCACCAGCAAUCAGCCGUUCGCUUUUCCAGAUUGUAGAGAAAUUGCUAGAGGCACGAGUUUAGCAGACUUCAUUCAACCAAGUUUAGGCCCCUUGCAACCUAAUCUUGAUGAUUUUAUGGAAUUGGAACCUAUACAAGAACUAUUGUCAACGCCUCGCUUGCCGCCCGUACCCGAAGAAAGCACUCUCGCUCCCGAGGAUAACCUGUACCGGAGUGGUAUGUCCGUGGACUCGUAUAGCUCACAAGGUUACAUAGCAGGAAAUCAGACGUCGAGCCCAGUCACAAUGCCUACGAGUCAAAUGUCCAUUCAUGGUACCAGUACCAAUACUCAAAUGAUGACGAUGUCUGAUCAGACGAUUAAAAGUGAACAAAUGCGAAUGUAUGAUAAUGGAAGACAGUUUAUACAAGGAAACUUACAGGAUAAUAUGAUUAAUGCUCAAGAGAUACUGGCAUUCGCCCCUCCGUCGUAUGAUCAGCAAGGCACUACUCAUUCUGGCCCGCAAAUGAAUAGUGUUUACAUGGGUAAAACACGAUUACCGUAUGUAAAUACGCCUAAAAUCGUAUCGCAAUCAGAAGUAUGCUAUUCUAAAUAUAACAAUUCAGUCAUACCGCCAUCGCAAACAGCGCCGGAAACGGUUUCAUUGCUCCAGCAACCGCCGUCGAGUCCAAAAUAUACGUCGACAAUAGUAUUGCCGGGGCGAAGCGGGUACAACCGCGAGAAGCCGAGACCGCGUUUGACGCACUAUGCGAAUCAGCUCCCAAAUAAUCAGUACCAAGGUUAUGGCCAGCAGCAUGCACAGAGCGCUGCGCCGGUGGUCACUCAGGGUUACGAAUCCCGACCAGGGGCGGUACGGCAAAACCCUACACAAAUGCAGUAUCUGCAACCGAAUCCCGUGGAGCCGUAUAAACCGAAGUCUAUACAGGCUGGAGUCGCCGCCCGAUCUUUCAAAAUUCCCUCGUCGUCUCUUGCACCACCGAUCUCCCAGCAGAUGUCGAGUGUGAGCUCGGCGAGUGCGGGCGGGCGCGGCGGCAAGCAGGAGCAGUUCCGGUCGCAGAGCCUGCCGCUGGGCGCGCAGCUCAACGCCGACUGGUCCGUGACCACCGGCGCCCCCUCCGCCGCCGCCUCCGCGCCCCCCGCGCCCCCCGACCCCGCCCGGCCGCCCGCCACCGUCCUCGCGUCCGCCACCGGCUCUGUGAGGCAUACCGCCAGGGCACGUGAAACGAAUCCGAGUGCACUGCGUAUGCGGUCCCGUUCGACGUCGAGUGGCUUGAUGAUGGAGAGCGGAGGCGGCAACUCUUCCGGGCCGGCCCGUCGACCGCCGCCGCUCAACAGCGUUGCAUCUGAACCUAGUCUGCCUCAAGAAAGCGUUAUGCUAGCUCAACUUCUGUCUUCCCAACACUCUCAAAGUUUAUACAAAGUGAACAGUAACAGUGAGGAGGCGUUGGCCGGUGGCGACCCGACCAGAUCGCCGGUGCCAAGACUCCAAUCCUCGCCCAUUGGCAGCGACGUCAUGUCACCACAUCACUCGCUGUCGCCGCCGACGUCGCCGGCGUCGCCGCGCGCCGGCAGUCCGCGCGAGCCGCGCCGCACGCACCUGCACGCCGAGCAGAAGCGGCGCUACAACAUCAAGAACGGCUUCGACACGCUGCAGGCGCUCAUACCCCAACUCAAUGCCAACCCCGCGGCCAAGAUAAGUAAAGCUGCCAUGUUGCAAAAGGGAGCAGAAUACAUUAAACAGUUGAAGGCGGAACGAAAUCAAAUAAAAGAAGAAAUGGAUAGUUUAAGGCAGCAGAUUGAAUGCUUGAAUAACUCUAUUUCUAACUGCCACUCGCUGCUGCCGGCGACGGGGGCCCCGGUGUCCCGGGCGCGCGCCGGCCGCCUGCGGGAGAUGUUCGCGAGACACGUCGCCAACCGCACCAUGCACAAUUGGAAGUAUUGGCUCUUCAGCGUGGUGGCGGCGGCGCUGGUGGAGUCGUUCAGCGCGUGCGUGUCGUGCGGCAGCGGCGCAGACCUCGUGCGGACCACGCUCCUCUGGGCCGAGCAGCACUGCUCGCUGGUUGAGAUGCGACCCGCCGUAUUGAAUUCAUUGCGAGUGCUAUGCACGAAGACAGAGAUCCUGUCGAACCCCGAGAGGCUGCCAGAGGAGGCGCGGCAGGCCGUCGCCUCCAGCGCUGGCGUCAAGACCGAGCCCACCUAACACUACACACACAGCCACCGUAUCGGAUUACGUGCCUUUACCGGAAAAUAUCAAAUAUCAUUUUGAUUUGUGAUCUCUAUCUUUCAAUAUACAUUUUUAAUGUGAUGGAAAGUGACACUAUAUGUCAGUAGUUAAAAUAUGUAUAUUACAGGUUUUAGCCAUUUCAUUAAUAAUACUUUUUGAAAGCUCCAGUCUAUUGUGAAGUCAGCAAAUGUAUUAUUAACCGCAACAUUACAAUAUCCCUAGUAACAUCAGACUGUUACGCUGUUGCUUUAGAGAAGUUAUUAUGUUGAAGUUAAAAUUGUAAUUGUUCACUAUAGCAACUAUUAUUAUAUGAUCUGUUGUAUCGUUAAAUUGUAUAUCAACAAAUUUAUAAAAUGUACCUUGAAAACAACAUGGAAUUGAUUGAAUUGAUGAUAUAUUAAAUGUAAUUAAACUGACUGUACAAUUGACACUAAUAAAUGCACGUACUGCUAUAAAGAGUAUACAAUAGUGAAAAUUGUUUUAUAAUUUUUUUGCCAUUAUAAGUACUAUUAAGGAUUCUUAAGGGCCGGCAACGCGCACCACUGGAGUUUCAGGCGGCCAUAGGCUACCGUAAACGUUUACCAUCAGAUCGACCGUAUGAUUCUUUACCACAAUCGUGUUAUAGAAAAAACUACUAAUUAUAAUACGUGUAAACACAAUUGCAUAUAUGCCGGUAAAGGAACGUAGACGCGGGAGUUUAGUAUUAAGUUGUCAGAUAUAGGUAAUUGUUAAUUUAUAUUAAAUGUUAUCAGAAUUGACGAAAAUCGAGCGUUGUUAAUAGGUCAUUUAGUACAAGAAUCUGACCAGAAUUUGAUUUCACUGUUAAUUUUUAUCAUAUAAUCUAUUGUUUAACGUCAGUUCUGAUUAUAUUGGUCAGUUUUAAUUCAUACAACAAAAAUACCUCAAAAAGUUAAAUUGGUAAAUUUUGUACCAGUCUUGAAAGAUGCACGAUGUUUGGUAAUUAUUUUAAGAGAACCGAAUUUAUUUCAUGCGUGUAAUUUUGCUUGUAUUUGAUUAUAUUUUCUUAUACUUAUGUAUAACGUAUUAAUGUACAAAUCUAGACGCUCAUAUUAGUCAGUACUUAACAAUAUUAACACUGAAUAUGACUCUGGUAAAAGCAAUUGAAAGAAUAUUUCAUUUGUAUGUUUAAUUCAAUUAUAUACUUUAUUAAACGGGUAUGUAACUUAUAUUGAAGUUAUAUUGUUCAUAUAAUAUAUAAAAAACAUCACAUAUUUUAAUUAAACCAAUUUGAGUUUAAUGUAAUAUGU